UGCUCGCUUUUCCAUGCUGAAAACCAGCACGGAUUGUUAAUCAGAUGAACUUUCGGGAAUUGUGUAGCCGACAGCAAGCAGCCUUUCACCCACAGACAUCAUGGCUUCAAACGCUCUAUGCACACUCUGCGGACUUAUUAUAGCGGCUGUGACCAGUUUCCAUGGUGUUUGCGCACAAAAAAGUCAGUGUGGCAUCUCAGAGUUUUGGAACUCAGAUUUGGAUGUUUGUGUGGCAUGUUCGUCAUGCAAGCAAUACCCAAAGACCCCAUCGUGCAACACAUGUAAAUCUGUGGAGGUCACCCAUGACGUGUGGAAACUGGCAGCCAUCACCAGUUUCUCAGUGCUGGCUGUUGUGCUGGUGGGUGCUGCACUGAUUAUCGGGGUCAUGGUACAUCGACGCAAGUCCCACAAACGGCCAUUACGUGAACCGAUUGAAGAAACUGCAGGGCCACUUUAUCAAGCUUAAACAUUUCACCUCAUCUUCCUCUGGAAACAGAUGUGACAGAACCAAGGAGUGACUGGUUCAGAGCCGGAUGGAGGAACCUCUGGACUAUGAACUGUAUACUCUGAUUGCAGGGUAUCUCUUGACCAGAAUCGGACCAUUUAAUUUAUUAGACUGUUCAGUGAAGAGAUGUUCAGUUCUCAUGCUCAGUGUAGGUCCAACAGUGACCGCAGGACUAAAGAGCAACUCUCUCACCUCAGUAGGAAUAGCAACAACAUAAUGCUAGAUUUUCAUUUUGUGUGCCUUUAUACUACACUUUUAGAGACUUUUAUCGAGAAGACCUUUGUGGGUUUACAUACUCAGAAAUAAGAUAAAACUACAGUCUUUCAUUGUGCUGUUGUCCAGCAGGACUCCGAUGAAUGUAACACAGCUCCUGCUUCCUGCUGGGCUGCAGUUUGAUACCCUGCUAUUCAGCAGGGUUAGAUGGGGUCUAUCUCCUGGUCAUUUACCAUGACAGCCUCUUAAAGAUAAGUUAGCAAGACAUACUGUCAGGCUUAUUAAGGCCAUUUGAAUGUAGCUACUUUUUAGGUGAAAUGUAUUCUUGCCUUUGUCCCUGCUAGUACCUCCAUGUAUCUGUUCUUUUAAGAGUCUGCUACAGUGAUUGUUUGAAGCUGUUGUUUAAAGGAGCAAACUGUACUCAUGCACUGUUAUUGGGUCUCCUGAGACCGAAACGGAUCCCUCAUCCCAGGUCCUUACAAUAUUGUCUCGUUUUGUUUUCAUGUUUCUAAGUAGAAGGAGAUUUUCGCUGGAUUUUUCUCUAUCACGACGAAUAUCAGUGCUUGUAGGACAGGAUGUUCGAAACACUAGACAAACGAUCCCAAACUGUUAACAUGUGGGAAUGUUGCGAGGAAUGUACUGUAGCAUAGAAAAUGACACCUACAGUGUUUUAGGUUGAGCUACACAAUCACAACGCUUACUAACCCUCACCUGUCAAAUUGUUUCACAAAAGAGACUUGUCAUGUCUGGAUGUCUGUUUUCAGUUUUGUGGAAAUUGUGAGAAAACCAGUGAUGGGCAGGGUCAUUUCUUUUUUCUUUUUUUUUUAAUAGUACAGUGUUUUUUUAAAGCACAAACCAUCAUGCAAUCCAUGAUUAUUGAGAUUUUUUGAGAUAUGAUGACAAUGUUUCAGGUCAGAUUUUGGAUCUGUCUGCUUGUGGGUGAACUGUCUGCCCCCUGGAAGAAAAAUUGGAAAAUUCCGUAAAGGUGCAGUAUGUAGAAUUAAGUGGCAUCUAGUAACUAACAGACUUGGCAGAAAUGAAACAUAACGUUCAUAAGUAUGCUUUAAUUAGUGUAUAAUCACCUGAAAAUUAGAAUUGUUGUGUUUUAAUUACCACAGAAUGAGCCUUUUAUAUCUGGGUCAAUGACGUAUAAGGAUUUGCAACAACUCAAUUGUAGAAUAAUAAAAAACAAGCAUAUCUAAUGCAGUAGUUCAAACAUUCAGAAUGUUGUGUACCUGAAGAUCCAUAUUAUACAUUUGAAAUUAAGUGAUUUUAGUGGGUUUUUCAAGAUUAAUUGGCACUGGCCUUAAAAAGAGUCAUGUGGUGCGACCAUGAUUCAUCUUGAAAUAAAUCAAUUUACUUAAGAUGCUUCACAUCUUUUUUUUUUUUUACAAGUUUUCAGUAAUAUAAAGUGUUUGGAAACAAAGUAUUUGAAUUUUUUUAAAUGAUGAUAUUUUAUUUAGAUAAGAUAUUUCAAGAUGAAUCAUGGUCGCACCACAUGACUUUUUUUUCAGGCCAGUGCCAAUUAAUCUUGAAAAGCCCCCACUAAAAUCACUUUCAAAUUGUAAUAUGAAUUGGCAGGUACAUAACAUUCUGAAUGUUUGAACUACUGCAUUAGAUAUGCUUGUUUUUUUAUUCUAAAAUUGAGUUGUUGAAAAUCCUUAUACGUCAUUGACCCAUCUACAUAGGGAGCAGGUCCUCAUCCAUGGAGGCCGCCAUGUUUCUACAGUAGCCCAGAAUGGCCAAACCUAACACUGACUUUAGAAGGCCCUAUCACCUUUUUCGGGUGUUUCAUGACCACUGUAGGUUUUCCUACAUGCUUGUAAGAGGAGCGAAAUUGUUUUCCUAGGAUGGCAAAGUCAUGACCUUUCUGCCUAUGACUGGCUAGUUACUGUUGCCUUUGGUUUUAAGUAUGAGGAGUGAGAUUGGUUAGGUUAAGUUAAGUAGUGCAGGUCAUGAUUUCACCAUCCAAGAGAAAAAAUAUUGGAAUAUGAUGGGAUAUUAUUCAGUUGGCUGCAAUCUGUACCCUCACUGUUGGACGCCACUAAAUCCCACACACUGCACCUUUAAACUUCAGAUACUUCCAUUGUUUCUUUUUUGUUUUUGUUGUUUUUAGAUUUUUCUAUUAUUUAUUUUUUAAGUAUCUUGCGAUUUUGUGUGAGGUACAAGCACAUUUUUAAAGGGACUCCAGUGAAGAUUUUUGUUAAACUUCCGCCAGGCCAGCCAACGAUGUUACUGAGCAAUAACUAACAUUUUCCGCCUUUGUUUUCCUUUGCUUUCUAUUUCUAAUUGUAUAUAAUGUACAUGCACUGGCUUAUUUUACUUAAUGCAAUCUUAUAAACUGCUUUGUGUACCAAAUGUAUUUUCACAAUAAAACUGAC